UCUGUCCCCUCUUUUUUAGGGUUUUCACAUAAAAAUCCCCGAUAUUUCCUCUAUCCAAAAAAAAUUAAGGAAUAUUUGGAUUUAUUGGAUUUCGUUUCGGUUUUUGUGGAAUCUUUAUCUAUUUUGAUCCGGAAUAAUUGGAGCUGCUUGCGCAAAUCUUGUACUCAGAUGGUGCAUUUAAUGAAACCAGGAAAUAUACCGGUAGAACAUGAAAUGAUGUCGUCUAGGUCAUCGAAGGUGAAAAGGGAGAUCGUCGAGGAUCCUUUCGAAGAUGAACACGCUCCUUUUAACAAGCGAUUGAAGCAAUCGAAAACUGUUCAACAGCAGUGGGGUGCGGGUGCUAAUGCAUGUAAUCCUGUUCCACCGGCACAAUAUAAUCCGCUCGAUGAGCCGAGUCCUUUGGGACUGAGCCUAAGGAAGAGUCCAUCACUUUUGGAUUUAAUCCAGAUGAGGCUUUCUCAGGGGGGUGCUUCAACCCCAGGGACUGAUGAUAAUACCAAAGAUGGAGGAGUUAAGAAAGAGAGCAAAGCUCCUGCUGCGUCUGGCGCUAUCGACAAGCUCAAGGCUUCAAACUUUCCUGCCUCUAUUCUGAGGAUUGGUAGCUGGGAGUAUAAGUCGAGAUAUGAAGGGGAGUUAGUUGCCAAGUGUUAUUUUGCGAAACAUAAGCUUGUUUGGGAAGUUCUUGAAGGUGGUCUUAAGAGUAAGAUUGAAAUUCAGUGGUCUGAUAUUAUGGCUUUAAAGGCUACUUGUCCUGAUAAUGAACCUGGGACAUUGACUGCUGUGUUGGCUAGACAGCCUCUUUUCUUUAGGGAAACUAAUCCACAGCCCAGAAAGCAUACCUUAUGGCAGGCAACUGCAGAUUUUACUAAUGGACAGGCCAGCAUACACAGGCAACACUUCCUGCAAUGUCCACAAGGGCUGUUAAAUAAACACUUUGAAAAGCUUAUCCAGUGUGACAUGCGCUUGAACUUUUUAAGUCGCCAGCCAGAGAUAAUUUUGGAUUCACCUUAUUUUGAACAGCGGCCUUCUGUUUUUGAGGAUCCAGAUGACUCAAAAUGUCAAGAUUAUAGUCAAGUAGAGGCUAACAAAGCAUCAUCUAUUUCCAGCUUCCAAGAUCUAGCAUCACCAUCUGCUGCUCACUCAUCUUCUUUAGAGUUUGAAAUAGGGGAUCAUGCUGUUACAACAUCAGAGCACAUGUCCCGAGAAGCUCCUUCACCCAGUUCAGUGAUGGAUACUCAUACAAUUGAAGGGAGUGGAAACUGUGAUGCGGUUGAUUCAAAGGGGCCUAGAAAUUGGGACCAGAUGAAAGUGCCUGGCCUGCAUCCGUCUAUGUCGAUGACCGAUCUUAUGAAUCAUAUAGAAAAUUGUAUUUCGGAGCAAAUCACAUCUGGAAAUCCACCUGUUUCAGGGGAUGGAUCAGAAACUGCGAACGUUUUAGAGGACAUUGCACAGUACCUCCUCAAUGACAACCAACUAACAACAUCGUCUGAUGAGAAAAGGCUCAUGGCUCGGGUCAAUUCUCUGUGUUGUCUCUUGCAGAAAGAGCCAACCUCAACCCAGAACUUACAAGUUAACGAAGAAAAUUUCGUUGCUGGAUCUGAUAACGGGAAAGGUGUUGAGCUAAACAGCGUCUUUGAGUCGCCGAAUGAGAAUAAAAACAAAGGUGGUAUAAAGAACUCUGAGCUAAACCUGAAGGAUGUUUCAGGCAGCAAGCAAGUGGCUGGCAUGUCAAGGAAAGACUCAUUUGGGGAACUGUUGCUGCAUCUCCCUCGAAUUGCAUCUCUUCCGAAGUUCUUGUUUAACAUUUCUGAAGAUGACGGCGAGAGUCAAGCUCGAUAAGGUAGCUGUUUGAUUGUCAGAAGGUGCCAAAUGUGAAAUAGUGAGUCUAUUUUAUUAUCUCCUUUGAAAAUGCAGGUUCGUUGGCGGUCUAAUAUUGUCGUGUAUGUAUCUCUUGCACAAAUUUGAAACGUGGGGGGAUUCAGAAAUUUGUUUUGAUGAAGAAUCCCUGUAAAUAUUCCUUGUAAAAAUCUCUACUAGUGGUGUUAGGUGUUUCUUGGUUGCAGUAUUGCUUAGUAUGAAUUGCACGUCUCCUGCAUGCUUUUCUUUCUUGCCAGUUUCAGGAAUUAGCCUAUAGAUUUAUUCUUAUUUUGUUUACUAAAAUUCAAUGGUACAUAUUCUUAUUUUGUUUA